UGUACACUUUCAUCAGACAGUUAGUGUCAGAGUCCAGAAAAAAAAAUAUUGAAAGAAACAGAAAGAAAGACAACCCAGUAUGAUGUUUCGAACUUGUAUUAUUUUCAUUGUUGCUACCCUUUGGAAACCGGCGUUAAUGUUAGAUGUCUACAACUGUACUAAAGAUAGUGUCAUGUCAACUGUCGCUAGUUUUUCGUGUGAUCAAAAUGCAAGACUCGAGAGUGCUAUUGUGAAUUUCAUGUCAGCCGUAGCAGCAGUCAAUAAAAGGAUCGAUGAUGAAUGCAUAAAGAAAAAUAGUGCACAAGAUUCAUGUCGAAACGUCACCAGUGUUGACCCCCGUCCUGUAGUUGUCUUAGCCUACGGGUUAAAGGUCAUGUGUGACACCAAGACAGACGGCGGAGGAUGGACUAUCAUCCAGAGAAGAAUCAACGGAAAGGUCGAUUUCCAGAGAAGUUUCAAUGAGUACCGCGAUGGCUUUGGUGAUUUCACUAGUGGUGAAUUUUACCUGGGCAACGAGAACAUAUAUAGGUUGACAACGAGCCGACAGUACGAACUGAGAAUCGAUCUGGAAUAUAAAAACGUUAAAUAUUAUGCUCGAUACUCAAGCUUUAAACUGGCUGGCGAAAAAGACAACUAUUGAUUAAACAUACAAGGCUAUUCGGGCAACAUGACCGAUCACAUGCUCUACCAUCAAAAUAAACCGUUCACCGCCUAUGACCGAGACAAUGAUGAUUGCACAGUUAAUUGUGCUGUGGAGUUCACGGGAGGAUGGUGGUUCUCAAAUUGUCAUGAAGCCAAUCUGAACGGGUUGUGGGGGAGCGUGGCAUAUGGGAAAGGCAUCAAGUGGGCCACUUUGACGGGAGACAAUUCAAGUGCUAAUUUUGUUGAAAUGAAAAUUAGAGAAAAAUAGUAAAAUGUACAUUAUUUAUCGUAGUAAAGGAAAGACAUUUUGUGGACUAAAAUGGGAAAACUUCAAUGU